CGUUUUUAUUUAUCCACGAGGACUUUAGUUAAAUGAACCGUGGACGGGUGUGCUUAAUGGCAGGUAAGCUUGGUUAAAGCAAAAGACAGACGCGUUGAGAGGUGUGCGUAAUGCUUGCCCUUGUCGCCGGUGUCCAUAGUUUUUACGUAACAAGGACUUAAUGGAGCCUCUUAAUGUGUUCGUUUAGAAGCCCGUGCGCUCUUUUUACGAGAAAAAAAAAUGUAAUAGGUAGGCUGAAUUUGAUCUAAACGCGUAGGCUGGGUGAAAGCUAAAUUACAUUUUGCGCUGUAGCACGUUUCCACGGACGACGUACUGUACUGUCAAAAUUUGCUCAAAGACGAUUAAAGCUCAAGUUGGUCUGGAUUGCUUUGCCUUUGAUAACUGAUCAUCGAUUAUGUCCCUUUUAAAAGUUGAUUUGAAUGUCAUAUUAACAAUUUUUGCUGUUAAUUAAACAGCGGCUGCAUUUUCUGCAGAGAUACUGAUUCUCACAUACACCUGUCUUCGCAGUACGAUCUAACAACUGCAGGUGUAGCACAUAUAGUCUCGGGCAAACAGAAAGUGUUUGCCAAGGGCAUUGAUUUGAGCAUGGUCAGUUCUGUUCAAUUAUUGUCAAACCGCGGGGCAGUCGAAAGGAAACACGUACAGAAUCUGCAGCCAGUUGACAGCUUUGUGUAAACAGUGAAACCAGUGGUGCAGCAGGGUCACAUGGUCGCGGUGGCACACCUAUGAGGCCCUCGAUCGGCGCCAGACGCUCAGACUGCAGGUAGAGCAGAGGUCCUGAUCAGGGGCAGGGCGCUGGCUCAGGUGCUAGUGUACGGCACGGUCUCCCCGGUCUGUGGCAAUCAUGAAUCGGGAAGAGCACUAUUACCCUCCUAACCACCUGUACAAGGACUCCUGCGCCUUCCAGAGACACCCCAACGAAGACUACAGCCAAAACCCUCCGCCGUGUCUGUACAUGAGCAGACAGGCUCAGUCCGUCUACGCCGCGCCGUCCUUGGGCGGCCAGGACCAGCCAAAUCUCACCGACAUUACUUCUUAUAACAUGUCGACCCGGGAUGAUCUGGCGGGGGCUCACCUUCACCUUCCCCAGACUCCGCAGACAUCUCUACAGACGCUCGGCGGCUACGGAGACUCUCUUGACCUGUGCGGGGAUCGGAGCAGGUACCAUCUGCCCUUCCCGUGGAUGAAGUCAACCAAAUCUCACACGCACGCCUGGAAAGGACAGUGGACAGGCCCUUACAUGGUGGAGGCGGAGGAGAACAAGCGCACGCGGACGGCGUACACCCGAGCGCAGCUGCUCGAGCUCGAGAAAGAGUUCCUCUUCAACAAAUACAUCUCGCGCCCGCGCCGCGUGGAGCUCGCGCUCACCCUCAGCCUCACCGAGAGACACAUCAAGAUCUGGUUCCAGAACCGUCGCAUGAAGUGGAAAAAGGAGGAGGACAAGAGGAGAGCCAGAGGAGUGGAUCCCGAACAGGAUUCCUCCAUCACGUCCGGAGACCUGAAGGAGGAGUCGUGCGUCGCUCCGGGAACGGGACCCCCCUCGCCCCUGCACUCUCACCUACCUCCAGUCCCACAAAAGUCCUCAAACAAACACUGACCGACAGAGACACGCGUCAACGGCACGACCUGUCAGCCUGCCAUCGACGAGCGGAAGUACAAGCGUGCCGGCGACAAUGACAAGAGCUAGUCAAAACCUGUAUAUCUGUACAGGCCCCUGAAAGAUUGACAGUAGGGGGCGCUCUCAUUGCGUGAGAGGCGAAGCUCCCUGGAGUACGUGUUCUUGCGUAAUAGAAAUCCACGACGUCAACAAAUCUUCAUCAGCAAGGCAUUGUUGGACACUAUUAUAAUUGCAUUUUUCGUAUUUAUAGAUAGACAACGAAAAGUCAAAUGCAAGCGACUAUCUCUUAUCAUGAAUUUCUUUCAACAACAUAACAUACUAUUUAUAUAGCUACAGCUGAACGAAUUAAAAGCGUGUGUGCA